UAUCUAAUUUGCGUAAACGUGCAUAGAGACACAGCAUAUUUUGAACCAUUUGAAAUUGAAUUAUUUGUUUUGGAAAUCUAAAAAAUUAAUCAAAAUGCCACAGGGACGUCGAAGAAAGCCAAUCAGCCACAAGGCAAAAAUGCAGCUAAAAAAGGGGCAGACAAAUAAAUUGGGCAGUCUUCAGCACAAAAACUACGAUAGAGAUGAAGACGAGGGCUCGUCGAGAGGCGUCCUCAAUGUCAACGACUACAAAACGACAAAAUCGAGUUCUAAACCAAACCGUUACGCUCUGCAAUUUUAUCGCGAAACGAAUGCUGAAAUUACGGAACGUAAGGAGUUAGCCUGCCAGUCUUUGAAUAAAGCGAAGGAAGAAGACCUAGAAAUUGACUACGACAGUUGCUUUGUGCCCGAACUCGACUUUCCGAAACGACCGCCGUGGUCUUUCAAGGAGUCUUUAGAGAAAUUAAAUAUGAAGGAGAACGAAUAUUUCACCAAAUACAUAGUUAAUAUCGAGAAAAGCUUCGAUUGGAAGGAAUUGGGUUACUUUGAACUGAAUUUGGAAACCUGGAGGCAGCUGUGGCGGGUUUUGGAAAUGUCCGAUAUCAUAUUAUUUAUCGUCGAUAUUAGAUUUGCGGGAUUGAUGUUUCCGCCAUCACUCUACACUUACGUGUCAGAAAAAUUAAAUAAGGACAUGAUUUUGGUCUUAAACAAAAUAGAUUUGGCGCCACCUGAGCUGGUUGUCGCCUGGAAGGCGUACUUCCAAGUAAAGUAUCCGAAACUGCACAUCCUCCUAUUCACCACAUUGCCGACCUACAAUUUAAUCGGCAAUCAAGCCAAUCAAGGAGGCUUGCAGUCACGCCGCCGGCGUACGAAGUUUCAAAUAGCGGCGGAAGGAACACAAUUACUAAUCGAUGUCUGUAAAGAAAUCGUUGGCGAUGAGGUGGAUUUAUCAGCGUGGCAAGAUAAGGUCAAAACCGAACUGCAGGAUAACGGGCACGAUGACAAAGUCGACGUUGACGAAUUGAUCAACGUAGUUAAACCGGAAACCGAAUAUUUCGAGCACGAAAAAUAUAAAAACGGUAUUCUUACAAUUGGUUGCAUUGGGCAUCCGAAUGUUGGAAAAUCAUCGGUGAUUAACGCUAUCAUGGGGAAAAAAGUUGUCAGCGUUUCGAAGACUCCCGGCCAUACUAAGCACUUUCAGACCAUUUUCGUUACUCAAAAUGUGAAAUUGUGCGACUGUCCCGGCUUGGUUUUUCCCUCGAAAGUUCCGAAGGUGUUGCAGGUUUUAAUGGGUUGCUUUCCGAUCGCGCAACUUCGAGAGCCGUUCACGACUAUAAAGUUUUUAGCCGAAAAUUUGGAUUUACAAAAGAUGCUGCGCUUACAACAUCCGGAAAAUGAUGACGACUGGUCCGCUAUGGAUAUAUGCGAGGCGUGGGCUAAAAAGAGGGGGUUUGUCACCGCGAAAGCGGCAAGGUUGGAUACGUACAGAGCAGCUAAUAACUUACUUCGUUUUGCUUUGGAUGGUAAAAUUUGUCUGUGUUUGAAACCUCCAGGUUUCUUCAAGGAUCUAGAGCUUUGGUGUAGUCAUCCCGAAAAUGCGACAGUGAAAUGGAUAAUGGGAAACGUUGUCAAACAAGAAGCGGGUGACUUUCACGAAGCGACAGAUGAUGAAGAAGACGAAGAGGUUGGUGUAUCAGUGUCUCAUGCUGCGACUGGUUCAGCCUCUGAGUCUAAUGAAGAUACUGACUCUUCGGAAGAUGAGGGACCAGUUUCUUCAAAUAAAUUUGCAGCGCUAAGUGCAGAUUAGAUUUAAAAAGUGAUUGUUGUUGCUAUUUAUUGUAAUAUGAUCAGUUAUUUUGCAGUUUUAAUGUUAAGGAAGCUCCGUUUUUAGAUCUUUAAGGUUAAUGUGUGUUAUACAAUACAUUUAUUUUCUCAUGGUC